UGUGGUGAUUGUGAAAUCGAUUGAGUGAGACCCAGGGCAGUAGACGACCGAGAGAAACUGGGGUGGGCGGGAGUGCGCAGAAGUCACACGAUAAAAAGGCUUUGCUCUUGGGAAAAAACUCUUGAUUCUAUCUGCAGCCUUCCGUUCUCCAACGUGCGGUAUGAAGCGUCUACCUGGAUACUUAUCAUCAUUACGCAGAUUUAGGUGACUUUCUUUCCCUCCCGACUUGGAUUCUACUUUAUUUUGGAUAUGUACCUUUGGGAUGAAGAAAACCCUUUCCCUGCCCGCCGAAGUAAGAUAAAAUAGGGUUUCGCUGACAUUGGAGUUACUCCUCUCGUUCCAUAUGAAGAAGUCAAACAUUUGGAUAUGCACCUGUGUCCAUUUAUUGCUGUACAUUACAGUUGCUGCCUAUUCCAGUGAAAUAGGAAAUCCCAUUACAGAUGACAUCAGGAAAAUUUCUUUGUUGAAACAGAAUAUUCCAAAAGACUACAAGAUUACAGUUCGUUAUAUACCUAAAGAAGUGAGUGAUAUGUGCUGGGUGAAGCUAAAUGUAUUUCACUUGGAGGUGAGCUUAAAAGGCCUGGCGCAGAAGUUUGGGAACAUAUCCUCCAAUAAAGAUAAUAUAGGCACUUUUGUCAAAAUACUGCAAGAGAUGCGGUAUCACAUUGGACAGGGCUUGGAGGUUUCAAUGCUAGAAUUCGAGUGUCAUUAUGUAGAGGAGAUGUGGCUUACGGCAAAGUAUUUUGAAUAUGUGGAGGACUUUUUCAACACUGCCAAUUCGUCGAGAGAGGCCGAGGAUUGCGAUCCCCCGCCAUGUCCCACGUCCACAAAAACAACAGUAACGACAACUACAACGAUGUCGCCAACGUCAGCGCAACAUAGUACAAAUGAGAAACGUAACGGUUUGCCUGAUGACCCCGAAAAAGGGGCAUUCCUUCCGAAAGUUGUGGAGAGCAGUCUUAUGUCCCUCCUCGCCAUCCCGUUCAUGGCAGUGGUGUUUUUGUUGGUGUGGAAGAUUAAAUCUAGAAGAAAUGCCCCCCAAACUGAACAGAGUCCAGAAGAAGGUCCCACCCUUUUCUCAGGAGAGGAAGUCAGUGUACCCCCGUUAGAUGUGGAGAUAUCUGAAAAAAACAGAUUAAAUAUUAUCAUGGUGGUGUAAAUCCACCCCCAUCUUAACCAACGCAGUCACUGCUUCAGACGGCACAACGGACAGGAACAAACAAGCACCACCUCCGAAAGAUUCUCUUACUGAACUUCUAGCUGUGAAGGACACAUUCAGGCCUGAAACUGCUCUUUGAGAACUGAUGCCCUCUUAUAAACCACUGCUGAACCCAUUGGGGUUGAUACGGUUGCUCCUUCUGAGAACUUCUGAGUCACACUUCAUGCUCUUUCACACUUCCUUCUCCUCUCGGAGACCGCAAGGAGACUGUGCAGGAGGAAUUAGAUGAAAAACAGAACGAAAGCAACACGGCAUUGGAUUCACCCGGAGAUGUCAAAUAGCCAAGCGCAUUUUUUCGAGCGCAGGAUCCGCAGUUCAGAAGGAGGGCAGCCAUAUUAUUGCUUGAGAGCAGAUGGCUAUCGAAAAGGAGUUAAAGCAGAAUCGACUACCUCCAGCUGCUCUGGUCCAUCUCCUUCUUUCUUUCUUAAUCCUUGUUCUCUCUCUUUCUUUUGGUCUGGGCGUCCAAACAGACGUCUUUUUUUGAGUGCUUGAAUCAGUAAAGUCAUUUUCAGAUUGUAUCAUCUGAUUUGUGAAUUGUUUUUAUUGUCACUAUAGACUGGUGGUGUGGACUUAAUUUAUUUAUUUUCUGAAUAUGACAUGACACCUGCAUGGCAUCAAAUAUCCAAUGAGAUGACCAAUAGACAAUCAUCUCUACCUUAAAAAAUAUCUCGCAAUCCUUAAUCGCUCGUGUAGAGUAAACCCUACGUUCAUACUAGCUACAACCUUGUAAGUACCAUUAUAGCUCCUCAUCUGAUAGACGGCGUUACGUGAAUGACUUUUAAUGCUAUAUAUCAUAUAUUAAAGUCUUUUCAGUAAAUCCGCGAUUAAUGCACUUAGUUCCGCUUUACAGCUUUUUAUAAAGUCUGUUGCAGUGUUUUUGAAGUCAUUCUGGUGGCUGCUAAUUUAAUCGACGACUCCGCUUUUGUCAAUCGUCAUGAGAGUUUUAUUUGAUUUAGGAUAAAAAUCUGAUUUUUCUUCCAUUCCAGAAGCAAAUGUAUUAAAAUACAUCAGUCAGACUCAAGAUCGAAACAAACUCAAGUAGUGUUACGUCAAACAAAACGACAUGACUGUACAGUACACCAAAAAAAGAAGAAAAAAAAAAAAACGUAUUCGAAUACAGAAAUUCAUUUGGUCCUUUGAUGCUGUCGGAAGAUCGCGCUAACAGUACCGUAAUAGAAAACGUACAUGUAUGCUUCUACUCAUAUUUUUGUGCCUUUUCAUAGCAUGGCUCUCCCUGUAAAGAUUAUUUUUGGAUAACCAGCCAUAUAUUUAUUACGGAAAAAUUAAUGUUAUUGCACUAGUCAUAUAUAUAUAUAUAUAUUUAAAAAAAAUUCCUCUAAGACAUUUCAGAUGACUUUCCAAGAAAAGCAGAACACAAUCCGGUUCCGGCUUCGGUCUCCUGCUGAGUACGAAUCAAUUUAUGCAUGUUGACAUCUGACGUCUUGCGCUUAAUCUGUACAUACUGAUAUAUGAUAGCUACGGCUCAUAUAGACAAGUGCUAAUGACUUAGAGACGAAACUCCGUGGAGAUCAGAUUUGAUUUUGUACCCUGCUUUCUCAAACUGGUUGUAAUGAUCUAUAUCCUGUGUUGUGGGGAAUAACCUGUUGUCUGCCCAGUCUUUGUUUUCUUAGAGCACGACAGUUUUUUUAAGAUACAGCAUGUAAUGUGAAGUUGACAUUUGGUAAAUAAUAUCUUGUACCGUUUAAGGUGGAUGUUUACAGAGAAUCGUAUUAACAUUGGCAGCGAUGGAAACGUCUCUUAUCGUAGUGUUCUAACAGUUUUCAUGCAGACAAUCAUAGUCAUUUUGAAGCUUUCUAUGGGACAUGUCAGUGAAAAAAAAGAUUUACUUUUUCCAUCAGAGAUUUCCUGUAAACUGCUUUAGAUCAUCUCAGUGUAGUUCAGGGCAGUGCUGGUAAUGUAACAGCGUGAGGUCACAGCUGAUAAACAUGUAAGAUUCAUUUUUAUGCUCAAAUCGAUUCUGGAAAACUCUGAACUAGAAGUUCAGAAGUCUGUCUAGAGGGUGAUGAUGCUUUCUUUGGCGUCUUUGUCUGUGCCCUGAUAAGGAGUCAAUAAGUAAUAGUGACAGAUAAGCUGCACCAACUUCAAAAGUGGGAACUAUCCUACAUCAUGUAGGAAUUGUUUGUGUGCGUAUGGCAUCGCCCCCAGUCUUAAGAUCCCCUGAAUCACAAACCAGAGAACCAUAUGAGUCAGCCCGUGAAAUUCCCACCACUGCCCUGUUGCUCCGUUUUGUGAUGCUGAGAUCUGAGGAACGUACAAGGGAACCAUUUUUUUUUUUUUUUUUUUUUUCCGAUUUGGCACGUCCCAACUGUCGCAAUUGGAUCCUGCAUCAUAUUUGUAAGACUGCAGAACACAGCUAGUCAGGAAGUCAGUCAGGGUGCCAAAAGUAAACAAGGAAUUGUGGCCCAGUCAUUGUCUGGGUGACAGUCUACUGUAUUCUGUAUUUUAUAUGAAUAUAUGCAAAUAUAUGUAUGAGAUGUGAAUAAAGUACAUUUAUCCACCAUUGCUGAGGCUUGGGUGGGCUUACUUCUCAUUAUGACUAAUAAAAUCAUCAUAAUGACA